AACUAAAUGGUAAAAUAAAGGGUAACAUAAAUGUAUCCAGUGCUUAUAGUGAAUAAAGCCUCGUUUGGUGGGAAAGAAAAAGAGUUUUUUUGGUGUUCAGUUCAUGGAUUAUUGAUACUUACUUGAUUUUGGUGUUUUUUUGCUCAUCUAUGUGAAAUAAAGAUGCCAACACUGUUUAACAAAUCAAAUUUAACACAAUUAAAAGCCAACAUUCGAUACUUUAAAACAAUUCCAGGAAUAAUAAGAUUGAUUGAAUUGGUUUUAGGAAUCAUUUGUUUUGCCUGUUUAAUCGGCGGAUCUUCGCAGUAUUAUAAUCCUCAUAUCGGAUCCAAUGAAUAUGGAUUUUCUGGUGGAUCCAUUGAAACAAGCCUUUUAUUGAAUAUUUAUGCCUGUCUUUUUGGUACUUUUUUAAUUAUAAUUGCAACUUUAACCUCAUCGAGUGUACCUUUAUCACCCUGUCAAUCAUCGGUAACAAUUUCAUCCACCUCAGCAAACAAAUUGAGUUUUUGUUUUAUUUUUCAUUUUUUCGCUUUCAUCUGUAUUUUGGUGAGCUCUUUGACUUUGCUGAUUGAAGUCGCCAAUCGUAAUCGUCACCAAAGGUUCAAGGAGCCAGGAUAUGCAACUAAAAUUGUUUCUUCGGUUUUUGGUCUUUUACUUUCGUUUUGUUAUCUUCUCAGUUCCAUGUUCACAUUUCGCACAUCACUGCUGUCAUCGGAAUCAGAUUCAGGAUCCAAUGUCAACUAUUUAAAGAGCAAAUGUGGCGUUUCCGUUGUGACAAGUGGAUUGGGUAUCAAUACAGAUACCAGAUUUAGGCCAGCUAAUCAAUCAUUCAGAACAUCAUCUGCUUUUAUUCCUGCCUGGAUUGGAAAAUAUAUGGCAACAUAUGCUAAUCAAGAAAACAGGACAUCGAACAUAUAUGAUGAGAUAUCAAUACCAGUUCCAGAAACUACAAGCGCUUAAUCAACUUGAAUUUGAUUCAUUUGCAGACAUGUUUCACCAUCUAAAAGCUAAGCCAUCAAGAGAGAGGAAUGUUCAUAAGAUUACAUCUUCCUUUAUUCUUUUACAUGGAACGAGUUGGGAAUGCAAAGAAAAAGAAAUUUAGAGAUUCGUAUAUAAAUUUCACAUGAUGCUUAUCUGGAGUGAAUGAGAAAAUAAUCAAGGAAUCGCCAUUCAUCAGGACCAGACGUUUAAAAAUCUCCUUACACAAUCGACUCAAAAUCUGACUGAAUACUUCUCAAGAUAUUAAUUUCAACGUAUAACCGUACAGCCCAAGGAUUGACAAGAAUUAUUUGAGAAAAAAGAAGAUGAUCGAAACAAGUGAUGUAAUUAAAUAAUCUUGAGCUUACCAUUAACAAAUUGCUGGAGGAGAGUGGUUAAGGAAAAUUGAAAGUAAAAGCAACUAAAUUUAUGUCGGAUUAUGUUCAAUUUGGAGGUGAUGAUGAUCAAUUUUCCGGUCGCAGUUAAUUUAAUCACGUUAAAUAUACAAAUACAUUGCAGAAUUUUUUUUUCUGGUAAAGUCAAAGAAAAGAAUAAACUUCACAAAAUUUAAUAUAUUCACCCAAGGUUUUUGUUUUCAUAAGGUCAGCUUUGAAAAGUAGGACAAUCAGUGUUAAGGUGAUUGUUUUUACUGUUGUCCACCAAAAAUGCAAAUCACCGAGUUGGACAUAUUAAUGAAUUUACAAAUUUUAAUUAUAAUACUACACUUUAGCCAAAAGUGACUUAGUCUUUACAUUCAUUACAUUACUAUAGUUAAUUUGAUAUUUUCCUGUCUAAUUAUCACGUUUUUACCGUUUCUCUCGGAAAUACAGUUAAUAACUUGACCACUCUGAUAACUAUCCAUCAUUAUUAUUUGAAUUAAUUUGUUUCUUUAAUCUUCUUGACCUUGUCUUAAAUUUCACGUAAUCAUAAUCAUAAUCACAAUAAUAAGCAUCAACAUAGUAAAUGAAAGUUAUUAACCACCAAAAGACAUUUAAAAAUGUUGUCCAAAAAUUUAUUCACAACAACAGUAAACAGUUGGUUUUGUUGUUAAUAAUUUGAGCAAACAGUGACAAAACAAAACCUAAAUCACCGAAAUUUGAUUAUAAACGCAAGUGGAAGGCAAACAAUCCUUAUAACGCCUUUUGAAUCUCACAGUUAUCAUUAAAAUUGAAAUACAGUCAA